UUGCAGGGCACAGGAAGGGGCUGGAGCAGCGGGGGGAGGGGGAGUUGCAGGGCACAGGAAGGCAUUAACCCCUCCUUGCCCGGCCCGGUGGGCUUCUCUGGCUGCUGUGUCGCCAGCUCAGGUCCGGGUUAUUGGGGGGUUGCUGGUGGGUUCCUGCUGGAGGGAGAGGGACAGGAAAUACUAAAGAGGUGGCAACUUCUGGGGAGUUAGGGCUGGAGGGGGCAGGGAAUACCCUGGGUGAGGAAAGGGAGGGGGACAGAGUGCGACAAACCUGUUGGGACUUGUUUAACGUGGGUCUAGAUUCGAGGAACAAACACUUGGAUGUUGGGGAGAAAAUUCCCUAAUUUGUGAAACAGGAAAUAGAGAAACCAACCCCCUGGGCAGGGCUGGGAAAACUGACCUGAUUUCCCUCAGCCUGCUAGCCAGGGACUGGUGUGACAUGGAAAGGGGGCACCCACCAGGGAGCUGUAGGGAAGAUGUCCCGGCCCCUCACAUCCAGCUGCUGGCAGUGGGGAGGGUGUUGGGUUCCUACCAUGGGGUUGUAUCAGCCUCUGGCUAGUAGGUGUGUGAUGGAUCUGCAGGCAGAGACAAGGGGUCUCUCUUUGUUCUCUCACCGUGGUGCCCCUGGCUGCUGUCAGCAGUGUGGGGAUAGGACUCUGCCGACUGUUUCUCUCUCAGAGCUUCCAUUUGAUUGGCUCCUUUCCCCCAUGAAUAGUGGGGCCGUGAGUGGGGCAGCCGAGUGUUGGACUCUCGCUCUUUAAGGGGCCGGUGACCUUUGAGGAGGUGGCUGUGUACUUCACCAGGGAAGAGGGGGCUCUGCUGGACCCCACUCGGAGAGCCCUUUACAGAGACGUCAUGCGGGAGAACUAUGAGACUGUGACCUCGCUGGCAGGGUUUCCAGUUUCCAAACCCUCUGUGAUCUCCCAGCUGGAAGGAGGGGAAGAGCUGUGGAUCCUGGAUCUCCAGGGUUCAGAGGAAAGCAAGAUCCUGAGAAGUCCCUGGACAGCAGGUGAUGGGGUGCUGUUGGAGAGCGAGGAGCAGAAUCCUCACCAGGAAGAUGCUGAGCUCACCAAAGCGCAUGGGGAGUUACUGCCAAGAUCCAAAGGGAGCGUGUCCAGCCCCUGUGAACAGGAAAAAGCUGAUGAAAGUUACCACAGACCAGAGAGAGAGCAGGGAAACCACUCAGAGGAGAAGUGGAUGAACCCAUUAAUUGUCAGGGAACUCACAGGGACCUCAAGGAAACUAUGUCCCAGGAGAAAAUUCUCAUGGAAAAGCGAGAGAAUACAUGUAGUGAGUGUGGGAGAAACUUCAAUUACCACUCAGCCCUUAUUCAACAUGAGAUAAUCCACACGAAAGAGAGACCCUACGAAUGCUGUGAGUGUGGGAAAAGCUUCAAUCAUCCCUCAGCCCUUAGUAGGCAUCAGCGAAUACACAGAGGAGAGAGACCCUAUGAAUGCUGUGAGUGCCGGACAUGUUUCACUCAGAGAUAUACCCUUAACUCUCAUCAGAGAAUCCACACGGGAGAGUGACCCUACAAAUGCUGCAAGUGCGGGCUAAGCUUCACUCAGAGAUCAGCCCUUAUCUCUCAUCAGACAAUGCACACGGGAGAGCGACCCUACGAAUGCUGUGAGCGUGGGAAAAGCUUCUCUUGGAGCUCACACCUUACUAUGCAUCAGAGGAUCCACACAGGAGAGAGACCCUAUGAAUGCAGUG